AACAGUUUAUAACUGCAAACGAUCAGUUCAACUUAGGAAACCGAAAGCGCACGAUGUCUACUGCAAUUGUUAUAUUCUCAACAAUUAUUGCAAAUAUCUGUGAACCUCAAAUUUGUUUCGAGGCGCAGAAGUACUCCUACCUGAGCAACGGCUUCAACGAGAUAAUACUAGACAGCUGUGAAGAAAACGUUCAAGCGAUAUUUACAGCCAAUAGCUACUGCUAUCAGGUGCCAUCUUCGCAAGAUAAUUCUGAACAUUAUCAGGAAUCCAUUUGCAAUAUGAAUAGUGUCGAGGAAAUAUACAAUGAAACUGAAAGCGGAGAAAUAAGUGAAGAGAAAAGGAAAGAAGAUGACGGCAUUUUUAUUCUGGUUUUGAUAUUAUUUUUAAUUUUAAUCGUUGCUGCUCCCGAAAAUGAAAGUGGACGCCAAAGGUAUAGGCGAGUUAAUAAAAGAACUCGUUACAAUAAAUAUCGAUACAUGUAAAUUAAUAAAUAUGAUAUAUGUAGAUAUAAGAGAUAAAUGCACUCAGCUGACGAUGUUAACCAAAUUUCUUCCAAAUGAUAUAUAUCUUUAUUGUGAUUAAUAUGAUAUUUUCGCCUUUAUUCGUAAAUAAAAUUUUCACUGUACGAGUA